CCUCCCCACUUCCCUUUUCUUCGUCAGUCGGGCGCGUCCGCGGCGCUCGUGGAGCCGCUUCGCCUCUCAGUCCGGCCGCUGCCCGAGCCGGGGCGCCGCGGCAAGGGACCCCCCCCCCCUCCUCAGCCGCCCGCGCUCCCUCAGCCCGUUCGCGGGGCCCGGCGGGGGCGCCGCCUCCUGCCCCACCCCAUGGCGGCCCCGCUGAAAAAGGGCCCCGGGGGCCUCAUCGGCCUCAUGAAGGACGCCUUCCAGCCGCACCACCACCACCUCGGCCCGCACCAGCCCGGCACCGUGGAUAAGAAGAUGGUGGAGAAGUGCUGGAAGCUGAUGGACAAGGUUGUGCGUUUAUGUCAGAACCCCAAGCUGGCACUCAAGAACAGUCCUCCCUACAUUCUCGACCUGCUUCCCGACACCUACCAGCACCUGCGAACCGUCCUGUCCUGCUACGAGGGAAAGAUGGAGACCCUGGGGGAAAACGAAUACUUCCGGGUGUUCAUGGAAAACCUGAUGAAGAAGACAAAACAAACCAUCAGCCUCUUUAAAGAAGGAAAAGAAAGAAUGUAUGAAGAGAAUUCCCAGCCUAGGCGCAACCUGACCAAAUUGUCUCUGAUCUUCAGCCACAUGCUGGCAGAACUGAAAGGCAUAUUUCCAAACGGACUCUUCCAAGGAGACACUUUCCGAAUCACUAAAGCAGACGCAGCGGAGUUUUGGAGAAAAGCCUUCGAAGAGAAGACCAUUGUCCCGUGGAAAACCUUUCGUCAAGCCCUACAUGAAGUUCACCCUAUCAGUUCCGGCCUGGAAGCCAUGGCAUUGAAAUCAACCAUUGACCUGACAUGCAACGAUUACAUUUCAGUGUUUGAAUUUGAUAUUUUUACCCGUCUGUUUCAGCCCUGGUCUUCUUUGCUCCGAAACUGGAAUAGCCUUGCGGUGACUCAUCCUGGCUAUAUGGCAUUCCUGACCUAUGAUGAGGUCAAAGCCCGGCUUCAGAAGUUCAUUCACAAACCUGGAAGUUACAUUUUUCGUCUGAGUUGUACCCGACUUGGUCAGUGGGCAAUUGGCUAUGUCACUGCAGAUGGAAACAUCCUCCAGACGAUUCCCCACAACAAACCUCUUUUUCAAGCACUGAUUGAUGGCUUCAGGGAAGGCUUUUACUUGUAUCCCGAUGGAAGAAACCAGAAUCCUGACCUGACCGGCCUGUGUGAGCCCACACCGCAGGACCACAUUAAAGUCACCCAGGAGCAAUACGAACUGUACUGCGAGAUGGGCUCCACCUUCCAGCUCUGUAAAAUCUGUGCCGAAAAUGACAAAGAUGUGAAGAUUGAACCCUGCGGUCACCUCAUGUGUACCUCUUGUCUCACGUCAUGGCAGGAAUCGGAGGGGCAGGGAUGCCCGUUCUGCCGGUGUGAAAUUAAAGGCACUGAGCCCAUUGUGGUGGACCCUUUUGAUCCCCGAGGAGGGGGAGGGCUUCUGAGGCAAGGGGCAGAAGGAGCCCCUUCUCCAAAUUACGACGAUGACGACGACAGAACGGAUGAUUCACUGUUCAUGAUGAAAGAGCUGGCUGGUGCCAAAGUAGAGCGUCCCCCUUCUCCAUUUUCAAUGACUCCGCAGGCGGCACUUCCCCCAGUACCUCCACGGUUGGACCUUCUGCAGCAGCAGCAGCGUGUGUCCACCCCACCUGGAGCAUCAAGCCCAGGAACCACUUCCAAGGCUGCACCUGGUUCUCUCCACAAAGACAAACCUCUGCCGAUCCCACCGACUCACCGAGAUCUUCCUCCGCCCCCGCCUCCAGACAGGCCCCACGCCGUUGGGACAGAGAGUCGGUCCCAGAGACGACCCUUGCCUUGCACUCCAGGAGACUGUCCUUCCAGGGACAAGUUGCCCCCCGUGCCCUGUAACCGUCAGGGGGAGCUCUGGCCAUCGCGGCCGAUGUUGAAGGCGCCCACGGAAGCCUGGGCCAGUCGGGAGCUGAAGAACCGUCAUUCCCUCCCCUUCUCGCUGCCUUCUCAGAUGGAUGCCAGAGUGGAGCCUCACAGACUGGGCAGUACUCUGAGCUUGGACACUCCAGUGGUGAAUCAACUCGGUCUUCCUGCUGGCUUAGACAGCGAACAUUCUAAAAUAAAACCAUCUUCUUCUGCCAAUGCCAUCUAUUCUCUUGCUAUAAGGUCAUUGGUUACCCCAAAACUGCUCUCUGGAGAGGCCUCUGGGAAUGACGAAGACUCUGAGUACAUGUCCCCUUCCUCCUUGCCCCUGGUGCCCCCUGGCUGUGCUGGACAAAAGCCUGAUGCCAAACUGCCUUUGGAAAUGAAUACAGGUUCACGCGUAUUGGAGUGUGAGCAGGAGAUGGAGGGAACGACUUACGAAGCAAUGUUCAAUAUUCAGUCCCAGCCAGCACCGUGUUCCUCUGAAACUGCCAGCAUGCCUGAGGGAGGGGACAUGGUAGCUGAUGAAGAGGCCACCAAUGGUCCCGAGGAGCCGGGGAACGAGGAAGACGGCUAUGACGUUCCCCGCCCAUCCGUCCAGCCAGCCACCACUCGUCGCACACUGUCCGAUUUCUCCAACGCAGCCACCUCCUUCAGCCACGCCUCUCUGGAUGGAGAACUUCUAGCAGAUGCCUCCUCGGACGUCUCCCAGGUUCCCGAGAGGCCCCCGAAGCCUUUGCCUCGGAGAAUAAACUCUGAACGGAAGGCGGGCAGCUGCCUGCAGGCCAGCGGAGCAGGACCGGUCCCCGCGGCCUCCCCGCAGCUCUCCUCCGAGAUCGAGAAUCUCAUGAGCCAAGGUUACUCCUAUCAGGACAUCCAGAAAGCCCUGCUCAUCGCCCACAACAACAUUGACAUGGCCAAGAAUAUUCUCCGGGAAUUUGUCUCCAUUUCUUCCCCCACGCACGUGGCCACAUAGCACCUCUUUCGGCCCUACCUGGAGCCUUCCUCCCAUGCGUCCACCUGCCUGGGCAGUCUCUUGCCUGCAUCGGCCUGGCGUUGAGCACCGGCUCCUUGAGGGACUUCCCUGCAAAGCCGGGCCUGCCUCUGCUGAGAUUCGGUCAUCAGGGUUUUGUGCAAGUCCAGGUGUUUGAGCGGCGUGAAGCGGAGCAGAUAGGUGUGUCCUUCCCACAAUCUCCUGUCCCUGUUUGGGUUCUCUCUCUCUGCCCACCCAUCCAACGCCCCCCUCCUUGCACUUUUCUGAUUGGAGAGAACAGACCUGCUAAACUUUGGAUGCCGGUUUCCUUUGCCGUUAGAAUACGGGGAAGGGCUGCUUGGUCAACUUGUCUCGUGCUGUGAAUCCCAACCAGAGGCCCAGAUGCUGAAGGUACCCCCACAUCCCUGGUGGUUUGGGGUACCCCCUGCGGGCCUCUUUGCUGCUGUAUGUUUUGGCUCAGGCUUUUCGAACCCUCUGCUGUCGGGUACAGAUUCUUGAUGAAGCCGGAGGUUUCAGCGCCUUCCGUUUUCCCACCCUCCUCUUCCCUGUCUCCUCCGUCACGUUCAGUCCUCCUUUGGAAGUCAACCUCUUCCCGAUGCCGACUUUACCUGCCGCACACUGGACUCCACGGCGUGAUGGAUGUUGACAGCUCUCGCGUGUUGGAUUGGGGAAGGUGUUUGGGCGGGUGGGGAGUCGAAGCUCCCUACUUUGCAGCCCCCGAUCUUUUCUGCGUUGAGGUGAUCCGGGCUGGGUUGGGCCACAGCAGCUGUCGGGACGUUCCUGAUGUUAUGGUCGGUCAACAGAGCUGCCCAUCUUAGCAGCCUUUAGAUGCCUUACGGCUCUUCCAGAUCCCCUCAUUUGCCUAUAAAACUCUAAUGAAAAGUUAACCACAAGCAUGGUCCCUUAGACACUUGCAGAAAAAAGUGUAUGUAGCACCCCCUGGAAUCUCUUACCUGCUCAGUAGUAAAAAUGCAACCAUUUUGUGUCGGGCAUCUAUGGAACAGCCUAAAAGACUCUUUUUCCUGGCUUGUUAUAUCAGGAACAAAAGAAAGUCUGUUGGAAGACCAAUGUCCAUAAAACACUGACUUUCCGGUGCCCUGGUUUAAGCUCUUGGUGUUACUUUUCCUGGGUUCUCAGGGAAGAGAUACGAGGAAGCUGUUUUGGUUUAGGGAAAAGUCAGCAAGCGUCCUCCCCCUUCCCCCCCACCCUUCCUCAUCUAUUUCCCAAGUUUUCUUACCACCUGCAGGGCGAGAGCAUGUACCCUGGCAUGAAAGCGGACAUCUCAAGGUCCCCUGCAUGAUUGGCUUCCAUGUUUAAAUAGCAUUAAUUCCUCCUCCCUAAUCAAGGAUGCUUUCAUUCUAAGAGGCCGGAGAAGAGGGUUUCUGUGGAAUGAUGCUUUCUGCUCAGGAGGUAUAAGAAGGUCUUCUCUGGGUAGCGGGAGGCACUAUCAAGAUGGCCAAGACCUUACGGGGAUCUCCAAGUCUCCUUGGAAGUUGGCGGUGCCAGUCCAGUCUUCCUGCCUGCUGGUGACUCAGGAUAAAAUUGUUGAGCUUGAAGGCCUCCUGGAGGGGACUCUGGCUGGGUGCAAAGGAGAUGGGGAUGGCGCCUAGAAGCAGGGGAAUUCUACAUCCCUGCUGCAAGGAGAACUUUUAUUUUUUAAAAUUGCAGUGGCUUUGUUUGUUUGUUUUUCUCUCUCCCUCCCUCCCCCCCCCCAGCCUAAAAAUUAGUGGAACCUUUUUCUGUUUCUCUCCAGGAUGGUGGUUAAAUCUGGGUCAGUUCAGGAGUCAGUUUCUCGAGUUCUUUGCAAAACCCCGAAGAAGCUUUUGGUGUGAUCCCGGGGGAAUUGUUGACACUCCUUGCUGGAAGUGAGAUGCACGCAUUGUAUCAGCCCACAUCCUCACAAGGACAGGCCUUUGUUUUCCGGCGGGUGCCGUGCCGUGGAUUAGACAGAGCAGAGCCAGCACUGCCAUUGCCGCCUAGCCGACCGGAUUCCUCUCCAUGUGUUCCUUCAUUUCCUUUUCACAUCUUAAAUUUCACUAGGACAUUUUUUUUUUCAGGCAUCUUCCCAUGAAUGUCAUAGUCCAGCAAACACUAGGGAAGUACAGGCCAAAACACUUCUUUGGGGGGAGGGAAUGUCCCCUGCUGCUUUUACAUCUGACUUUCCUCCACCCCACCUCCCUCCUUCCCCCAUCUCUUUUUUUUUGGGGGGGGGGGAAAGUGUUGAUUUAUUUUACCGAAAGCCAAAUAUAGAGUGCCUUUUCAAUAGGGAAAACGCUGUUCUCCCCAAGGACGAACCUGAAACUAGGUUUGAAACUUGACUGCAGAGCCCUGCAGCUUCUCCUGGGGUAUCAUAGUUUGAAACUUGACUGCAGAGCCCUGCAGCUUCUCCUGGGGUAUCGUAGUUUGGAAGGAAGGAAGGAAGGAGCCAGCGGUUGGCCACCCGCUGGCAUGAGCAACAGCCACAACUAGCUCUCCCUUGUUAGCUUCUUCAUUACUACCAACGAAAGGCUGGUGUUUCCUGCCCAAAGCUGUACUUGAAGGUGAUGGGAGUGCUGCUGGACAACUUUAACGUAGCUAUGGGGACCCCCAACUCCUCCAUUGUUGGUUUCCUUCUUGAAACGGAGUCUACUGGUCCGGAAGCAAAAUCCAGUUGGCUCUUUCAAGGUGUGUCUAAAGCAGCAGUGUCCAACCUUGGCAACUUGAAGACCU